AUGGAAAUAGGACCGUUCAGUGGAGGCGACCGGGAAAAGACAGAAACUGUGAGGGGUGGAUGUGGUGGAUUGAAUAAACCCACCCGUAAUGCCGUUCCUAUAGACGGCCAUGAUGAGCUGGAAAGAGAAAAUCGUGUGCGUGGAAUGGAGCGCGAGAAUUCAUUGAACGCAUUGGUGACUGCAGCACGAGCUUCCAUCAUGCUGUGAAGAUAUUCUGAGGGAAUGUAGUUAAAAUGUAGAAAUUGACUUAAGCAAAUAUUUUAACAUUGUGUAAAAAUGGUUUCAGAUUUCAAAAUGCUAAACUGUUUUCUUAAUUUUAAUGCGAAAGUUUGUGGCAAUGAAAGUGAGAGAAUUUUUCAUUUCAACAAAGUAAUGCGAAUAUGUCAUUAAACUCAAUGUACGAAGCAGGUAUUAGUAGUAAUAACUGAAGAAAGCAGAUGUUUUAAGAAAUAUGAAACUACUCUAAUAUUUAAAUACCUGGUGCACCAGUUUUAUUUUUAGAACAAGUUUAAGAGAAUGGUUUUAAAAUGCAAGAUGUUGUUUUGAAUCUUGUCAUUAACUUAAUUGAAUUUGAACUUUGUAAUAAAUUUUGAGGUGGAAAGGCGAAG